AACCGAGGCACAGAAGUGAAGCAAAUCACACGGCAAGCUGCGGAGAGCCAGGCGCCGAACCCAGGCUAUUUCUCGACCAGAUCCCGUUCCUGGGCUCCUAGGGGGUCCCUGUGCUGCACAACGGACAAAGCUCUCUGAAGUCGGCAUCCUCUACGCUGCCAGAUGGGAUUUUGAAAAUACAGAUGAAUCGGCUGUCACAGACUUUGCUGGGAGUUAAUGCUUGGUCCCUCUUCUGCAGAAAUAGCCUUGCUUGCCAUUUUUACACUGAAAUAUAAUUGUGGAACAGCAGCAGCUACAUGUGACAUGACAGCUGGAGUUAAAUAUGUGGAGGUAUGCUCCAGCCCACAUCUUCUUUCCCCCUUUCUCUUAUAAUAUUGUUGGUCUUUGAUGAUUGCAAAUGGACGUGAGAGAGUUAAAGCAACCAGGCUCUCUCCUGCCUGGCUGAGUUAGCACUUCCAUGUGCUUCCAGAAUGACUCUAAGUAACAGCCUUUGCAUCACAGAAGGGUGGGGGGGAACACUGCAGCAGGUCAGAGGAAGCGUUAUUUAACGAUGGCUCCAAUCUCCUCCCACUUUCCUGUUUUGCUGGGUGAAAGAGAAAGAUUUGUAGUGAAGGAAUUAAGCAGGGACUAACGCCAAGAGCCAGUACAGCUCCUGACAGCAGAAGCUGCCUACUGCAGAUUGCUGCUGGAUUUGGAAAGGGAGACGGAGCAAGGAAUUCAGUCAGACCACCUGGAGAGGAAGGAUACCAUCUUUUGAACACUGCUGCAGGUAGGCAGGUUCCCUGAAGCCCAGAUCAGGCAUUAAGUUCAUAGGCUGAAAACAGAAUAUUUCAUUCUUCAGUUCUGGGUCCGAGCUUCACGUUAGAAAAGCUGGACAGUGAUGGAUCUUCCUGGUAACAUGCGUUGCUGAAUUGGUGCAAGGAUCCCUGAGUGUCUGGCUAGCAGACUGAAAUGGCGAAGGGUUAAUACCCCUGCCAGGAACAAGAACCAAACCACUGGGGAAGAAGAGAAAUACUCUCUUCACCACCCCCAGGUGGAAAUGUGCCAAGGCUCAUGGACAAGGUAAUUGCACAAUUAGACACUUAAGUGGCACAAGUAUAGCAGACAUCUGCUUUUUGGGGGUGAAACGUGCACAUUUCCUAUAACCUGAUUUUUCUUUCUUAACUGGCUGAUGAGGCCCUCUGGACCUGCUUCAAAUGCAUACAACGGCCCUGGAGAAAGACUAGUCUCAAAUCAGACACAAAUGAUGCUCUGAGUGAGCGUCUGGACGUUGGUGUCGUUCUACCCACUGAAGAGAGAAAUCCCUCGGGUGUCUAGCACAAGCAACCUUACCAGGUGUCUGACCGUCUUCUACCCAUAGAGGUCCUCAACCUCAGACUGGGGGGGGAGUCGGAAACUUCAGAGGUCCUGGAUUGUGCCACAUGACUAACACGAAGGACCCUAAGAGAGCCAUGGACUCUUCGCCAGUGACCUCCAACUCUGCAGCAGGCCCUGUUACCUUCUCGCAGGUUUUUGGGCAGCAAUGUCAACUUAUGGAAGCAGCUGUGCAGUCAUUGCAUACCUUAAACGACCAGAUCUCUCACUUUAUCGUGAACAAGUCAAAAACGCUGGAUGAGGACGAAGAUGCUUUUCUGCCCAGCGAAAAAGAGUCUCUGAAAAAUUCCAUGUCACUGAUGAGACACCUCUUAAUGGAUGCACAGGCCGGCAUCCUGAGCAUGAUGGACGACAACAAGCAGCUGGCGCUGCGCAUCGAGGGCGCGAUCCAGGCGGCCGGGCAGGAGGUGACGAGCCUGCGAGCCGAGCUCAGCGCCACCAGCCGCCGCCUGGCCGAGCUGGGCGGCCCCGGCCCCGGCCCCGGCCCCGGCCCCGCCGAGCCCGCGCUCAUGGACAACAGCCAGCACGGCGCCCAAGUGCUGUUACGAGAAGAAGUGUCCCAGCUUCAAGAGGAGGUUCACCUGCUCCGCCAAAUGAAGGAAAUGCUGACAAAAGACCUGGAGGAGACGCAUGGCAGCAAGUCGACGGAGGUGCUCUCUGCCACCGAGCUCAAGGUCCAGCUGGCACAGAAGGAGCAAGAGCUAGCGCGAGCCAAAGAAGCCCUGCAGGCCAUGAAGGCGGAUCGAAAACGCUUGAAGGCAGAGAAAACAGACCUGGUAAGCCAAAUGCAGCAGCUCUACGCCACGCUGGAGAGCCGGGAGGAACAGCUACGGGACUUCAUCAGGAACUACGAGCAACACAGAAAAGAAAGUGAGGACGCAGUGAAAGCCCUCGCGAAAGAAAAAGAUCUCCUGGAGCGUGAGAAGUGGGAGCUACGCCGGCAAGCCAAAGAGGCAACGGACCACGCCAGCGCGCUGCGCUCCCAGCUGGACCUGAAAGACAACCGAAUGAAGGAACUGGAAGCCGAGUUAGCCAUGGCCAAGCAGUCCUUAGCCACGUUAACCAAGGACGUCCCCAAGCGGCAUUCAUUAGCCAUGCCAGGUGAGACGGUGCUAAACGGGAACCAGGAGUGGGUGAUGCAGGCGGACCUCCCGCUCACGGCCGCUAUCCGACAGAGCCAGCAGACGCUGUACCACUCGCAUCCCCAGCACUCCGCCGACAGACAAGCUGUCAGAGUGAGUCCUUGUCAUUCACGGCAGCCUUCCAUAAUCUCCGACGCGUCAGCAGCAGAAGGCGACAGGUCGUCCACGCCAAGUGACAUCAACUCCCCUCGACAUCGAACGCAUUCCCUGUGCAAUGGGGAUAGUCCUGGACCGGUACAGAAGAACUUGCACAACCCAAUUGUACAGUCUCUAGAGGACCUCGAAGACCAAAAAAGGAAAAAGAAGAAAGAGAAAAUGGGAUUUGGCUCCAUCUCAAGGGUAUUUGCCAGAGGGAAGCAGCGGAAGUCCCUAGACCCAGGCCUCUUUGAUGACUCCGACAGCCUGUCCAGCCCGACCCGCCUGAGCCUCAGCCUGUCCGAAGGGGAGGAGCAGGUCGACCGGUUGCAGCAGGUGGAGCUGGUCCGCACCACGCCCAUGUCUCAGUGGAAGGCCAGCACCGUGCAGACGUGGCUGGAGGUGGUGAUGGCCAUGCCCAUGUACGUCAAGGCCUGCGCCGAGAAUAUCAAGAGCGGGAAGAUGUUGUUAACUCUGAGCGAUGAAGAUUUGGCAACAGAGCUUGGCGUGUGCAACUCCCUUCACCGCCGCAAACUUCGACUGGCAAUAGAAGACUACAGAGACGCAGAGGCAGGCAGAUGCUUGUCUAAAGCCUCUGAGCUGGAUCACCACUGGGUAGCCAAAGCCUGGCUGAAUGACAUCGGGCUGUCUCAGUACUCCCAAGCUUUCCAAAAUCAUCUCAUUGAUGGACGGAUGCUGAACUCGCUGAUGAAACGAGAUUUGGAGAAGCACCUUAACGUGUCCAAAAAGUUCCACCAGAUCAGCAUCUUGUUGGGAAUAGAGCUGCUUUUUCAAGUCAACUUCAGCAAGGAGGUUCUGCAAGAGCGGAGGGCUCGCUGCGAGACGCAGAACGUCGACCCCCUUGUCUGGACAAAUCAGCGGGUGCUCAAGUGGGUGAGGGACAUCGAUCUGAAGGAGUACGCAGACAACCUGAUGAACAGCGGAGUCCAUGGGGCUGUGCUGGUGCUAGAGCCGACGUUCAACGCAGAAACCAUGGCGACAGCUCUGGGCAUCCCUAGCACCAAGCACAUCCUGCGGAAGCACCUGGCAGAGGAGAUGAACGCCAUCAUUAGCCCAGCCAAGUGAGGCAGAAAUUCCUGCCCACCUUCCCACAUAACUACCGAGAGCAAGCUGCAUCAGGAAGGUGCAGUGAGUAUUGCAAGGGGAGAGGAUAAUGGAAACCCCACAAGGAAGUCUGCAGCGCUGACUGCCACGGAGCUGGGCUCUGCAGGGACUUGCACCCGGGGAGACUCGGGGCAAGAAGCGGGGCCACGAGAGGAGAAGGGACCAACAGACUUGGCAGGCCAUGGCUCCUUAAGGUACUCCUUUCCUCCCUGCAAACAGGAGAAGCUUUGCUGGCACCUUGCAACCCCUCUGCAGAGAGGACUCCCUGUGACCUCCCGGCAUGUGUCUCUGCUUGGGCCUGACCCAAACCCCACUCCAGUCAACAAGCAGCCUUGCCCUACUUUGCCUAAAACUGAAAUUGUAAUGCUGCUGCCUGUGCUGUUUCCAAGUGCUAACGGUAACUGUAGAUUGCUGGUAAGUAUAUUUGUCCUGUUUCAGUAACACGUCAAGUUAUCUCGGCCAAGAGCGUGUUCGAGUGGUUGCAGCAGGGGGAAAGGGAGUCUGAUCUCCUGGGGUCUGCUCUUGCUCUGCCACUGCUUCGCUCUGUGAACUUGGGCAAGUCAUUUAACCGCUCCGUGCCUCAGUUUACUCAUCUGUAAAGUGGACGUAAUGCUACUUACCUACCUCACAGAGAAUUGUGAGAAUUACUGUUUGUAAUAACUUGCUUUGUGAUACACCAUGACAGUGCAUAAUUGCAUUAUGUAUAAUAUAUUAAACAGCUGAAUACAUCA